AUGCCACUACCCUACUAUCGCGACUGCCUUAGCAGCCCCUUCUCGGGGAGCAACUCCCCUCUCUUCCAGAUUUGCGAUUUUAGACUUAUAAUCGAUGGUCUGGAUAAUCUUGGAGAGGAGCAGACCGACAAAGGCGGUGCUGAUGCUGAUGCGGGUCCGCACCCUGGCAAGAUUCUAAACUCAGGGUUAAGCGAUCUGCCACCGUUGCGGUUUAGGCGGCGGGGGCGAGAUAGGUGUCUC